AUGAAACUCCUCUCCCUCCUUUCCGUCCUGCCUCUCGUGUCCGCCGAACUCCUCCUCGACUUCAACGCCUCUCGCGGCGACAACCCAUCGAAAAUCGGCACGCUGAACCUCGAGGCCAAACGAGGCCAGCGACCCAAGGGUAAUACCGACGAGCUCUACGUGAAACUGGGACAGGAUUCCCACGGUACGCCGGCGUUGCACUACCAUCGUGAGAAGGGGUACAUCCGCGCCGAGUACCAUGCCCUCCAUGGAAAGACAAAGGCAGAUCAGACUUAUUACAUUAAAUAUGAUUUUGCCUUGGCGGAGUUGCAGCAGAGUUUGAUGAUUUGGCAAUUUAAGGAGUAUAAAGCCAACAACGGCCACGACGGUGGCGCAAACAUCCCCCUCUCCCUCGAAGUCAAAGAAGGCCAAUUGAACUUCCGAUACCAAGCUGAUGCCAAAACCGGUCGCGUCUCCCAGUGGUCCGUCAAGCCCGAACUCGAAGAACGCCAUCAGAUCAUGAUGGCUAUCAAUACCGCUGAGAAGGGCUGGGUCGAGUUGAUCUAUGACGGGAAGAAGCAGAAAUUCAACAAUGGGGAGACUCGGCUGCAGGCGACGACUUUCCCCGGUCGCGCGGAGCCGAAGUUCGGGGCGUAUCGUGGUGAGGAGGUCGUUAUUGAUACUUGGGUGUAUGGGAUUCAGAUCGGUACAGAGGCGGGGGAUAUUGGGUUUCAGGAGUGA